AUGGCAUCUCUCCGCUCUUCCACCCGCGUCUUGGGCUCGGCCACCAAGGCUGCUUUCCGCCCUGCCGUCACUAUUCCUCGCCGUGGCCUGGCUACCCCUAGCGAUCAAGUGCCUGCGACAAAGGAGCCCAAGAUGAAGAAGUUCACCAUCUACCGCUGGAACCCCGACACGCCGACCGAGAAGCCCAAGAUGCAGGAGUACACGCUGGACCUGAACAAGACCGGACCCAUGAUGCUGGAUGCAUUGAUUCGGAUCAAGAACGAGCUGGACCCUACCCUUACCUUCCGCAGAAGUUGCAGAGAGGGUAUUUGCGGUAGCUGCGCCAUGAACAUUAACGGCCAGAACACGCUCGCUUGCCUUUGCCGUAUCCCUUCAGAGAACGCUUCAGACGUCAAGGUCUACCCUUUGCCUCACACCUACGUCGUCAAGGACUUGGUGCCGGACUUGACCCAGUUCUACAAGCAAUACCGCUCAAUCAAGCCCUACCUCCAGAGAGACACUCCUGCCCCUGAUGGCAAGGAAUACCGCCAGAGCGUCGCCGACCGAAAGAAGUUGAGCGGUCUGUACGAGUGCAUUCUUUGCGCCUGCUGCUCAACCUCGUGCCCGUCUUACUGGUGGAACUCUGAGGAGUACCUUGGACCCGCCAUCCUCCUCCAGUCCUACCGCUGGCUCGCCGACUCUCGCGAUCAGAAGAAGGCCGAGCGUAAGGCUGCACUCGACAACUCCAUGAGCUUGUACCGUUGCCACACGAUUCUUAACUGCACACGUGCCUGCCCCAAGGGCUUGAACCCCGGCAAGGCUAUUGCCGAGAUCAAGAAGCAGAUGGCUUUCUAA